AUGCCUAUAUUUGCAAUACCUUACCGUAUCAUGGCUAUGAUUAAAGCAUGGGUGAUUCCAGAUGCAAUUUCCGGAAAAGGGGGAAAAAGUAACGCAUCAGAAAGAGCGUCUGCUGGCAAGGGUUGGCGAGCGUGGAGCGACGUGCUUGAGGACCAGCUGAUUCAAGGUCGCGGCGGAACCCACGUGCUCAGGGAGGCUGCCAUGGCGCGUCUCGCACACCUGAGUUACUGUCAGUGGAGGGGGUUGAGGGCAGCUGCAGGUCGCCUGUUCUCACAGCCGUACGUGAUGUGGAAGCCCAAGAGAGAGUACCAGGCGGGGGUAGACCACCAGUAUGAGGAAGCAGUACAAGCCCUAAAUUCACUCCAGACAAAUGCCUCAGUACUUCAGGUGGCUCGGGAGCAGGGCUCACGCUCGGGCCUUGCCAAUAUACCCACAACUGAACGGUUCUUGAGGAAGGUUGGCGUCAGCAGGGAUGAAUUGGAUAAACUGUCAGUUAUCCAUGUUGCUGGCAUCCAUACAGCGAUAGAUGCUUCUCGACCAGCCAACGAGGUUUUCAGGACUAUUACCACUAUCUUUGAAAAUGCUAAGAGUAAGGACAUAAUAGCUGUGUCAGAGGUGAUCAUCAAUGCCAGACACUGGGCGUGGGAGUCCCCCUACAAAAGGGGAACAUCCCGCUCCACGCGCUCUAGCGUGUCGCCACAUGUACAGCUGUACCCCGCAGACCAAGUGAAUCGCAUAGAUUUUUAUAUUUUAGUUACCCCUAUGUUUAAUUCAUGA